AUGCAGCCCCUCAAGGGGCCUGCCCAGCCGCCCCUGAGCCCCAGCGCCCUCCCUCCCAGGCCUGCCGGGCACCCCUUUGAUGAGGCCUCCAGAGUGGACCUGGCCCCCCCAAACCCAGCCCAGGCCGGGGACCCCGAGGCACUACCCCCAACCGGCAGUCAAGCCGGUGCUCCCGUCCCGCCCGCCCACCCCUGCAGGGACACGCCUCCCUGUCUCAUCGUCCCCUGUGGUCUGUCGAACUGCAAGGCAGCUCAGGCUUCACGGGUCACCUCGGUCCUAGAGCUGGGGUGGCACAAACAGGGUCCCCCAGCGGGAACUGGCCAGUGUGCGAGGCCCCCGAAGAGGAGGCUCUGGGCCAGAGGCAGCGUGAGCAAAGGCGCCAGGCAGGGGGGGCCUUGA